UCCGUCUUCUCUUCAGUUCGUUUUCAGCGCUCGUCUAGUUCGUAUGUGUGCGUGUAGAGACUGCGCUCGAUUCCCGGUCGUCCCCUGUAACCUGUGAAAAAUGAUUUAACCUACGUGUUCUGUGCCAUUUUUCGCUUUCGUUUUGAUUUCAGUGUUUUUUUUUCAUUUCUGAAAUUGUGUUCUCCACUAUGGAUACCGCUGGAUUGCUGUUGUACAAGAACAGGAGAAAAUGUUCGGGAAACGGCAAAAUGACCACUCUCCACUGCCCGAAUCCAGCGACAAUGAGGAGCCUCCGCCAAAACUUCGACAAAAUGCUACUGGUUUUGCACCUGCUACUUUUGGGCCUAUUCGUAACACCAAUUACUGCGAUGAGCAGCGUCGGCUGUCCCAUCGGAUGCGUCUGCAACGACGAAACUUUCGUCGUCCUGUGUGAAAGGAACAAACUGGACGUACUACCAAUUACUUUGAAUCCAGCCAUCCAGAGACUCGUCCUGAGAAACAAUAAAAUAAAAACUGUGGACGCCGCUUUCCAGUUUUAUAAAGACUUGCAAUACGUGGACUUGUCUAGUAAUCACUUAGUGAAUAUCCCGACGAAGAGUUUCAUGUAUCAAGAGAAACUGCAAGAACUCCAUUUGAACAAGAACAAGUUGUCGUCGAUCAACAACAAGACCUUCCAGGGUUUAAAAUCGUUGACUGUGUUAAAUUUGAGGGAAAAUUUUCUGGAGGAGCUACCUCAAGGCCUAUUCUCUAUAAUGCCGAAACUAGAAGAACUGAAUCUGGGUCAGAAUAGAAUCUCGAAAAUUGAUUCCCUAGCCUUUGAUGGUUUAACGGCUUUACGUGUGCUGUAUCUCGACGAUAAUGUAUUAAGUGCAGUGCCAACAUCGUCUUUCUCGGUUCUGGGAAGUUUAGCGGAACUACAUGUAGGGCUAAACGCGUUUUCAGUCUUACCAGAUGACGCUUUCAAGGGUCUCGGGAAACUUUCAGUUCUGGACUUGAGCAGCGCGGGACUCUCAAACAUAAGCUUACACGCUUUUCGAGGUCUAAACGGAUUGAGAAACCUAAAUCUAGUCGACAACAAGCUACAGCGCAUACCCACCACGCAAUUAAGUCACCUUGUCCGAUUAGAGGAACUAUCUAUAGGUCAAAACGAGUUCAUCUCAAUCGAAAAGAACUCUUUCAAAGGAUUGAGCAAUUUGAGAAAGUUAGACAUAACCGGUGCCCCUAACUUACAAAAGAUAGAAAAGGGUGCUUUUAGUGAUAACCUGAAUCUAGAAUUCAUCGUACUAGCCAGCAACAAGAAACUAGAAGAAUUGGAAGACGGUGCUCUUGUCGGUUUGCCAAAUUUGAAACACUUGGUUUUGAAGGAUAACGCGUUUAAGGCACUUUCUGAGUCCAUGGUCUCUUGGAACGAGCUGCGCUCGUUGGAAAUGACGGACAACCCCAUCUUCUGCGAUUGCCAUCUACUGUGGUUGAGCAACUUGAUCUCGGUGAAGAAUUUGAGCAACGUUCAGUGUUCGAUGCCUCUUGCUCUGCGCGAACGCCCCUUGAGAACUCUCACUCCUGACGACUUGGGGUGCUCUUUUCGUGAUCCUCGACAGCAGGCCAUUUUGGUGACUUUAUGCGUGAGUGCGGUGGUUCUGUUGGGCGGUUUGGGCUUGUUUCUCUUCCGGUAUCGUCAGAGGGUUCGCGAAGCUCUGAAGGACUACAAGUGGAACAAGAGGGCAAUCAGCAGGAAAGAGCACGAGUACCAGAAGACGUUCUCUGACGAUGAUUACAUUGUCCGUUCCGCUCAGCAGGGCAUCAAGCCGAUACCGGUGACGGAAUUGUAGCUAGAGCUAAGCGCGCCGCCCUCAGGGGUUUUCUGUUUGGACGGAGGCGAGGGCAGGCGUGCUAGAGCUCCGCGCGGGCCGGGGGGCACUCUCCCAGUCACAGGCUUUACCUACAUCACCGGCGACUCGUGCAGGGCUCACUCCUUGAGGACCCUGAACUCGGACAGCAGGAACGGAUUUCCGCGAUGUCAUAGGGACGUCUACCAACAUUAGCCGAGGACUAUGAGCGUUUUUACAAUUUUUCAGCAAUAAAUGAAUCCAUUCCAAAAUGUGAUUUACGAAAUACAUAGACUGUACAGUAGGUUUUAAGUAUAUUUUUCUCGAUGUCUGACAUGUCACGGCCUGUUUUACGAGGGACCAUAACGCGGCAGCUUUGGAAGACUCAUAAAGCAGGUUAUAGUAUGGACAUACAAAUCAAUUAAGGGGUGACGCUACCAUUUGUCGUGUUCAAUAUUUGUAUGUCUAUCCGCUACAUUCACAUUGUAAUUCCAGUGUGCGAAACUGUUCUAUAUCCCAGUGUCUGGACACGUGAAUUAUGAUGAAACGAAGAGAGUGAUGUCUAUCAUAUGAUACAUACAAUGAUCUAAGAAUAAAAGAAUGUGAUAUUUAAUGACUGCACACGUUUAGAUGCCGGUUAGGUGUACAUAAUGGGAGAACUCGGUGGUAGUUAUAUUUUAACGGUUCGAAAAUUCCCCUGAUUGUGUUCAAAAGCCACUACAUUUUUGAUACGUAAAAAGUUCUCGAUUACCCGUGGGUUUAAAUGUUGCGGUCAUACAAAUAACACACCAGAUUUGAUAUUUUCAACUUACGUGAAAAUAUUUAAAUCGAUGUACAUACAUGUACCAUGCAAUAUUUCUAUAUAUUUUGUAUAUAUUCUAAAUUUUAGAGAUGUAGAAGAGUAUUUAUUAAUUUUCUAUUGUGUGAUCGAUUUUACGAAUAAGAAGAGGAAAUAUUGCAUUCCAAAAGCUGAGUUAUUUUGUGAGUGAUUGUGACCGUUUUAUGUAAACGAAACCAGUAAAUUAAUUAAAUGCCAAUAGAUUAAUUUCCACAAGUCUUUAAGCGUACAUUCUCCAGAUUUUGUAUACAAAAUUGUGUAGUGCUGAACACAAUUCAUGAACUAGUCAUAGUUAAAUUAUUAUACCUAGACAGAGAGUGAAUGUUUUUUGUAAUUUUGUGUGUAAAAACAAAGUGCAUUUUAUAUUGUAAAUAAACAUAGUGUUUUGUACAUAUUGACUCUAACCUUAACUAUCAAUAUUUACAAUAAAUAAACUAUUUCAGAUCUUUAA